AUGGGCAUACAUCAUGAAUUAAACACAAAGGCAUCCUCACCCAAACCCACACUCUUUUCUACAAAAGCAUCCAAAGUAGUUCAACAAGUAAGAAAAUCCCAUUCCUCUCCUAGUACUACUUUCAACCCUACGCAUGAAUUACCGGUACCACAAGCCAAUCCGAGCAUGAUUUUACCUUCUUCUUCUUUUUCUUCCAAAUCAGAACAUCAUCAACAGCACUACAAAAGCAGCGAAUAUAAGCCUACUAUACCAAUUUCACCUGGUUCUAAUAACAACAAGAAAAAAAGGAACACCAACAAGACUUCAAAUCCAAUGCGGUUAAAUACAAAGCUUUCCAAUAUCCAUAAUUUUUCUUCUUCUCCAUCCCCACCCACUAUUACCACCACCACGACGAGUGCUCACGACAGGCCCAAUCUACGCAUGAGUGCGUCCUCCAGGUUUGGUAAAAACUUAUUACCUACCUGGCUGGGAGGCCAUGCCACCGAGGAAGACAGCACAAGCCCAACAUCUUCUAUCCAUUCAGCCAACUCAUCAUCGAGCAAUUUGACAGCUAACACGCCUCCUCUGUCAGCCUCUGCUGUAUCAAUAAAAUCCUCUUCUUCCACUCUGACCAUAUCCAACUGUAGCAUUAGCAAUGGCAAUGGAAGUCAAAGCAGAGAAUCUCCUAGUAUGGAUGCCAGUGAACUGACAAGCACAUUUGAGACACUUCUUGACGAACUCAAUAUGAAGGACGCUCAUCGAGAGAAACUACGUCAACUGCCUAGAGAAAGAAAGCUCUACUUGCUACAACAAAAUCAGCACAUCAAAGAAAACAGAGCUGUAGACAGCUCGCUUCGUAAAAGUAUGCCCACCUCUAAUUCCAGCACAUCCAUCUUUCCUCACAAAGGGCUACGUACCAAGACAGCAGGAUCCAUGAGAAGAAGCGAAACCUCAGGCCGAUUAUUGAUGGGAAACUCGGCUAGUCAUCGAUCCUUAGCAGCUAGCUUAAUUGCCAAUAAUAGCGUUGAAAACUUGAGUACUUUGCCUGUUUAUGAAGAAGCUGUUACUGCUACACCACCUUCGCCGACACCUACCCCUACGUCUUCUCAUUUUCCAUCUCAACAGCAACAACAACGAUAUCAUCAAAGUGGUCAGAAAAAGAAUAAUCAAAGUAAUCAUAAUAACAAAAAGGAGGCAGUGGUACAUUACAAACAGCCUGACGCUAUCUCUAUCAGCACUACUCCUAUUGCCAAAAGUCCUAUAUCGGCAACAACCACAUCAUCUGGAAACGAUCUCAAUACAACUGCUAAAUCAGUAACAAUAUCCUCACCACCAACGUCGCCUACAACAGCUACUACUACUACUACUACUACUACUACAAAUGGCGCUAUCGUGGAUAAAAGAGCAGCAACAUACAAAUACGCUCGCAAAAAUCUGACAUCUACCAUGCGUAACAAUCGAUCCAAAGUGGGCUCCAUGAUUUUAGAAUUCGAUGCACUAGCAAACAAGCUGGAAGACACGACCAGCGAUGAAUCAGCAGCCUGGUUACUGCUGGAUAACAAAGCAUUGCCUCGUCAUUACAACAUGAAUACAGGCACAACUCGAUCCAACCAUAUCAAUCAUCAUCCGUCGGUCAGUAAUCUGUUCCCUACAGCAAGUACUACCACAACCACUCCCUUUGAAACGACCUCCUCAGUUCAUGUCGCAGAGACAACUGCCUCUAGCUCUUUGCUGAGCAACAGUUAUGCAUAUCAAAGUCUCAGUCGAAAAGAUGGCAGCCAUCUCGCUUCAUUGGUAUCUUGCUCUUCGCCUGCAUUGGACGACACAAUUAAACGAGGUCGAGAUCGCAAUAGUCCCUACUACUACGUGGAGCGUAUUAAAAGCAGAAAUACUACUACCGAAGUCUUGACAAAGCAUCUGACUUCGCUUCGUAUUACAUUGGCUACUGGCAAUGUAUCAUGGAUCAACGAAUUCUUGUCAAGACGUCAUGGCGGUCUGAUUGCACUGGAAAACGUACUAGAUAAAUUGACGAGCAAAAAGCAAAAGAAAAAGAGCAACUUGGUUAAAUUAACAGAUGCUGAGGGGCAGUGCCUGUUUGAAUGUAUUAAAUGCAUCAAGGUUUUAUUGAAUACAAAGCCUGGCUUACAACAAGUACUCAUGCGUCCAGUGGUACUUCAUCAUUUGAUUAUUGCCUUGUUUGCAUGUCUGGCAUUUAUAUCUGUCGUUCAGCCUACACCCUCCAGCUCAUCUCUUGUGUUCAAGAAGUCGCCCUCCAUCACAUCUAUUGGAUCUCAAUUGCUGCCUUCUUUCUCUACCAACAGCAGUUCCAACAACAUUAGUCCAUCACCUUCUCGUUCCACUGCCUCCAACCACACCAAAGACAACUCGCAAAACAGCAACAAUAACAAUGGAAGCAAUGCGGCUACCAUGGCCUAUAAAAUGUGCACACUGAUAUUUGAGAUUCUGUCUGCAUUAUGUCUGGUGAGUGCUCCUGGUUAUGACACAGUUGUGUCGAUUAUUUCCGAAGUCAAAGGCGAACAAUAUCGGUUUGAACGGUUAGUGCAGAGCCUGCAUGAGCUUGGCGGCAUCACCUAUCAUGAGAAGAAAACGACUGUGAGUCAAUUAUCCACAUUGAUCGAAGAGCAGCAGGAACUACUGGUAUUUGAUUGCUUGACAGCCGCAUUGAGUCUGUUCAACAACAUUGUACAGACACCUGAUACCAUUGAAAAACGAAGCGGGCUGCGUAGUGAGCUGGAGAGAAGAGGCUUCGAAGAACUAUUGAAGCGACUCGAGCAAAAGAAGGAGAUCUUGCCAGACUCGCUACAGAAACAAAUCGCCGUGUACUUUCUGCGAAAAAAGAUGGACACGGACAAGCUGAGGGCAUUGGAGAGUACCAAGCGACAGAGUAUCUUGCAGCUUCAGCCUGAUGACAUGGUUGCAUCUGCAUUAAAGGUGUUCUACAGUGAUCCAGAAAUCUACUACUUGGUGGUAGACAGUAUUAGUGAACUCAUUACCGUGGGCACAGACCAACUGGGGACCCACAGGCGAUUUGUACAGGAUAUUUGGAGCCUGAUUCAUAUCUUUGCAAAACAGCUCAAGCCCAUUCGUACCAACAAUGAUUUUCAAUCUGCACUUCAGCAGUUUGUCGUAUCGAUUCAGCCUAUUGUAGGCAAACUGUCCAAUGACCAAGACGACCAGGAAAGCGGUCAUCGUGCAUCCAUGGAUUCAUUAUCGCCGUCAUCCACCAGUGCCAAAAACAACAGCGAGGACGUAGAGGGUCUCAGAAACAUGGUAGAAGAGCUGAAAGAGAACUUUAUCAAGAGUCAGGACGCUACUGCCAGAAUUCGCAGAGAAAAGAACGAGCUACUGAUGAAGAUGUCCAAAGCAUUGGCUGAUAUCAAAGAGAGAGAUGAUCGCAUUGCCACGAUGGAAGCUGAGAAGCAGGGAAUAAUGCAAAAGCACCAACAAGAGAUGCUUGUAUCGCCGUCUACUGCUGCUCUAGUACCAGAGGUGCCCAAUUCAGGUACAAUGGCGCCACCGCCACCUCCGCCACCACCACCACCACCACCUCCUCCUCCUCCAAUGCCUGCCAGCCCACAACAGCAAGAUAUAUUGAAUCCCAUCGUCAAGAGACGCAAUCUGGUACGUCGCAACUCAUCGCACCGUAAUUCAAGAUAUCUGCAUCCAUUGGCAUUGAAUCUGUGCUUCCCCAAUUUGAAAUCACUGCACGAAAAUGCAACAUCAACACUGGCUAACGGUCCAACGUCGCCCACAUCCAAUGCCUUAGUGUCGUUGCCUACGUCUCCCACCAGUCCGCCGCCCGGAAACCACAGUUUCAGAGCAACCACGAGCAACACGGAGGAUCCAACACCUCAUCCUAUUGUCAUGAAGCAGUUCUUUUGGUCCAAGUUGCCCAUGGAUAAGAUUGAGAACACAGUGUGGAACGAAAUCGUCAAAUCGCCUGUUUCGUUGCUUCAGGAUACCGGUAGUUUUGAGACCAGCAGCGCCAGUAGCAGCAGUAGUAGCGAUAGCAGCAGUGAUGAAGAAGAAUUUGGCGCUGAACAGGCAACCAUUCAACUUGACACAGUCGAAUUGGAGCGUUUAUUCAAAAAGGCACACAAAGAAGCUACCACGACGACCUCCGCCACCACAAGCUGUACAACAGCUCUUGACAUCCGCAAACAAAACUUGAUCACCUUAUUGGAAUUCAACCGAGCCAACAACAUUGCCAUCAUGCUGGCUAAAAUCAAGCUGCCUUACCCUGAUAUUCGUGAUGCCAUCUGGAACAUUGACGACAACAUCCUCAGCACUAAUAAUUUGAUGGCAAUUCGACAAUACAUACCCACCAAAGAAGAGAUUGAAAUUGUAAAAGAGUACCAAGGCGAUAUUGACAUGCUAGGCAAUGCUGAAAGGUACUUUCGAUCCAUCAUGUACAUCCCUCGCUUAGCGGACCGUGUCAGUUGCAUGAUUUUCCGUCGUCGGUUCAAGGACGAGUUGGAGGAGAUUCUACCAGAGCUCGAUAUCAUUCAAAUGGCUAUUACAGAACUCAAGUCUAGCACCAAGUUCAAGCAUGUGCUCAAGACUGUGCUGGCGAUUGGCAACUACCUGAACGGACAAACGAUUCGCGGCAAUGCGCGUGGCUUUCACUUGGAUGCGCUGUUGAAAAUGAGAGACACACGAGCGGAGGGAGAAGGCGUCAGUAAUGUGCCUACAUUGUUGCACUAUUUGGUCUACUUUUUAUCAAAAUCAGACGACGAUGUGGUGAAUUUCAGACAAGAUAUAUCUCAUUUGCAAGCUGCUGCCAAGCGUAAGUACCUAUUUUAUGCUGCUAGUACACAGAUAGUCAUGCUCUUGUUUUUAGUGUCUGCACCCGCCUUGUUUGCUGCGGUCAACUCGCUCAACGGGAAUCUCAACCAGAUCAAAGAAGAGCUAAGCAUGAACGCACGCCGCAAGACCUCUGAACUGCAGAUUGAUCGAUUUGCUGAAGCCAUGGAAGAGUUUAUGCUAGAGGCAGAGCCUGUAGUCAAUGAUCUCAAGGCCAUGACUCGAGAUAUCGAGGAAAAGCUCAGAGACUUGAUUAUGUACUACGGUGAAGAUCCCAAUACUAUCAAAUCAGAAGAGUUUUUCGACAUCAUCUCUACAUUUUCCAAUUCGUUUGAAAGGGCCCAGAUCGAGAUCCAUGAAGCCAGAGAAAGAGCAUUGAAAAGACAACGUCAACAAGAGAUGCAACUCAAGAAACGACAACAACAAGAGCAGCAGCAGGAAAUUACAUCUUCUGGUAUUGCAGCAGCUUUCUCGACACCGUCUCCUGUUUUGGAGUCAUUCACGCGACCUACAGAGGAAGGAUUCGAGCAAGUGCUAAGGGAAUUAAAGGCUGGUUUACGAACAAAUGAAGAAGCAUGGCAAAAUACGAUUUCUCGAAGAAACAAGAUGAGGACCACAUUGGCAUCUGUUACUAUUGCGGAAUAG